CUCGACCCCUCCUCCCCCUCCGCCAGCGCAGGGCAGCCACACAAGCGUUGGCUCGAUUCCAGAGAGGCUCCGAUCCUGCAGCCACGUCAAUCACGUCUUCACCGCUGGCUGCGGGGCGGCCCUCGUGGCCGGGAUGCCACUGUGUGCCGUGCCAGUCCACAGUGGACGGUGAGGGGCAGGAGGAGGGGACCGAGUGCAGGAGACUGAGAGGAGGCGGCCCGCACCAAACAGGAGAAAUGAACCUCUGCUGGAACGAGAUCAAACGCAAAUCCCACAACAUCCGGGUGCGGCUAGAGGCCUUCUCCGACAACAGCGGGAAGCUGCAGCUCUCUCUGCAGGAGAUCAUAGAAUGGCUGACAGCCAAGGACGAGGAGCUGUCGGAGCAGCUGCCCAUAGGAGGCGACGUGGGGGCCGUCCAGCACCAGAGGGAGUUCCACCAGGCGUUCAUGGAGGAUGUCAAGUCUCGCGGGCCGUUCAUCUACUCAGUCUUGGAGUCUGCCCAGGCCUUUCUGGCUCAGCAUCCCUUCCAGGAGCCAGAGGAGACCCUGACCGAUGGAAAAGAGGUGUCUCCGCGCCGGCGAAUCUUAAAUGUGAGCCGCUCAGUGUGGAAGCAGGCAAACGUGGCCAGCGACCUGUGGGAGAAGCUGACGGCACGCUGUGUGGACCGCCAUAGACACAUGGAGAGGACAUUAGAGCGUCUACUCCAGAUCCAGGCGGCGAUGGAGGAGCUGGCAGUGGCCCUGGAGCAGGCAGAGGGGGUGAGAGACGCCUGGGAGCCCGUAGGAGACCUCUUCAUCGACUCUUUGCAGGACCACAUAGACGCCACCAAGUUAUUUAAGGAGGAGCUGACCCAAGUGAAGGAGGGCAUGAAGCACAUCAAUGAUCUUGCCCACCAGCUGGCUAUCUCUGAUGUCCAUUUGUCGAUGGAGAACGCCCGCGCCCUGGAGCAUCUCAACAGCAGAUGGAAAGUGCUUCAGGCUUCCAUAGAUGAGCGGCUGAAGCAGCUCCAGGAUGCACAUAGAGACUUUGGCCCCGGAUCGCAGCACUUCCUUUCCAGUUCAGUGCAGAUACCGUGGGAGCGUGCCAUCUCCCCAAACAAAGUGCCCUACUAUAUCAACCAUCAGGCCCAGACAACGUGCUGGGACCAUCCAAAGAUGACAGAACUGUACCAAGCACUGGCGGAUCUGAACAACAUCAAGUUCUCGGCAUACAGAACAGCCAUGAAGCUGCGGCGAGUUCAGAAGGCUCUGAGAUUGGAUUUGGUGGCGCUGAGCAGCCUUGUGGAGGUGUUUCGGGAGCAGGAGCUGCAGCAGGGGGAGCAUGUGAUGGACGUGGUGGAGAUGAUCCAUGGCCUAACCGCUCUGUAUGAGCGGCUGGAGGAGGAGAGGUCCAUCCUGGUCAACAUUCCACUUUGUGUUGACAUGUGUCUCAACUGGCUGCUCAAUGUCUACGACAGCGCUCGUAACGGCAAAAUGCGAGUUCUGAGCUUCAAGAUGGGAUUGGUGAGCUUGUGCAACGCAGACGUCCAAGAGAAGUAUAAAUAUUUAUUCCGUCAGGUGUCUGGUCCUGGAGGUUUGACAGACCAGCGUCACCUCAGCCUGCUGCUCCACGAAGCCAUUCAGAUCCCCCGCCAGUUGGGUGAAGUCGCUGCUUUUGGGGGAAGCAACGUGGAGCCCAGCGUCCGCAGCUGCUUCCGCGUGGCCCCAGGGAAACCUGCCAUCGAGGUGUCUCACUUCCUGGAGUGGAUGAGCCUGGAGCCCCAGUCGAUGGUUUGGCUUCCUGUCCUCCACCGUGUGGCUGCUGCAGAGUCGACCAAGCACCAGGCCAAAUGUUACGUCUGCAAACAGUGUCCCAUCAAGGGCUUCAGGUAUCGCAGUCUGAAGCAGUUCAAUGUGGACAUCUGCCAGACAUGUUUUCUAACCGGCCGCACUACCAAGGGAAAGAAGCUGCACUACCCCAUCAUGGAGUACUACACACCAACAACCUCGGGGGAGAAGAUGAGGGACUUUGCCAAGACUCUGAAGAAUAAGUUCAGGUCGAAGCAAUACUUCACCAAGCACCCGCAGAGAGGUUACCUGCCGGUGCAAUCUGUGCUGGAAGCCGAGAGAUCUGAGACGCCGUGCUCCUCACCUAAGCUGCCCCACGCAGACACGCACAGCAGGAUUGAACACUAUGCCAGCAGAUUAGCAGAAAUGGAGAGCCAGAAUUGUUCAUUCUUCACGGACAGCCUGUCUCCUGAUGAAAGUCUGGAUGAAGAUCAGUACCUCCUGCGUCACUCCAGCCCAGCCUUGGACCAUGACUCACCCUGCGGACAGCACAUGCUGCUUGCCCACCUGGAGCACCAGGACAAGGAGCAGCUCCAAUGCACCCUGGCCCGCCUGGAGAAUGAGAACAGGGUGCUGCAGAGCGAGUACAGGAGGCUCAAGUGGAAGCACGAGGAGGCGGCGUCGGUGCCCAUGCUGACCGAGGCCGGAGAGGGUGGUCCGGGUUCACCCACGGAGGGAGGGCAGCAGGAUGAGGAGCUCCUGGCUGAGGCACGAGUCCUGCGGCAACACAAGACGCGCCUGGAGACCCGUAUGCAGAUACUGGAGGACCACAACAAACAGCUGGAGUCCCAGCUUCGCAGGCUCAGGGAGCUACUGCUACAGCCCAAAGAUGACUCAGAGGCCAACGGAUCAGAGCCGUCAACUCUGUCUUCUCCUGUGUCUGGAGGGGGUCACCACGGGGAGCCGGCCAGCAGAGAGACCACUGACACUGAAGCAGCAGGAGAUGAUAUGGAGCACGAACAGGAUACGGUGCUGCAGCUCCAGGAAGUCAUCGAGCAGCUGAGAAACGUCUUCCCUUCAGAACCGGGCACCACCUCACACAUCUAACCCCAUGUGGGCCUGGAGGAGCAGAGUGAAAGCCUGAAAGGACGCCUGAUGGCAGAGGGAGGGGCUCCACACGGCUGAGGUCAGGCCACAGUACACCAGGCCCCUGUGACCACUGCAGCAGCUAUGAUACCCAGAGCUAACCCUCGACUGGAAUCUGUGCACUAAAAGCCUUUUUCAUGCAAACUGCCGAAGGCUCACGCUGAUGUCCGUUUGGCCGGGCUGCGCCUCGUAACUUCAGCGGCGCAGCCUGAAGCUAUGUUAACGAGCCAAAGGAAACUAACGUUAGCAGCAGGUUAGGGAGAGACUAAAGUAACAGGAACACGCCCAGCCAAGACACUGUGCUUACCAGUAUCUGUGUAGUCGUCCGGAGGUGUGAAGCUUUAUAUGUCCACAGCACAAAUUGGACCUUCCAUGAGGAGAACUUUAAAAAAUGCAAAAAGGAAUAUGAAGAAUAUCCCCUUGUUUUGUCAGAAUGCCUGUAUCUUCAGUGUUUUAUUUUCUCCUUGGAUGUGUUAUCAUGGUUGUUAUUUUUGUUUGUGUUUUUUGCAGGGAGGUGGUGCGCUAAAGCUUGCGAGAGUAAACUAGAUCAGGGCUGGGCUGACUGCAUUUCAUGUGGCUGCGUGGCGCAGAUUGUCAGGGGGUUGACAGCACCCACAACGAGCUUAUUUACUUUGUGAGAAUGACACAUCAUCAGUUAAAUCCAUGAUUUAUUUAAGACAGCCAAAGUGCCCGCUAGCACAGCGCCUCUGUAUGCACACACUGUGUUCCUCUAAUCCUCUCAAACUGCUUGUCGCUCUCAUUGCUCGCCUCUCCUAAGUGAGCCCUUUACGCUCGUACAGAACCACGCGCACUCACCGUACACACACACACACACACACACACACGUACGCUGCUACAUCCAGGCUCUCUAUUUACAAUGCACCCUUCCUUCAUUGUGCACAAAAGGCUCCCUGCAUGAUCAAUAACAUGUGCCAUGCUGCAUCACUAAAAAUACAGACAUAAAAAUGGAGAUCCAUUUCAUCUCUUUGGCUCGCCGGAUUUAGAGGCGCUCUCAGUUUUGAGCCAAUUUGUAUUGUGGCUGAAAUUGGGUUUUGUUGAGGAAAUGUCUGCCGAUAAAUAUCAGCAUGCAGGCGCCUGCUCUGGGAUCUUAGCGUUCUCCUGCUGUGUGCGGAGAAAGAGAAGGAAGCAGCUCCAGGCGAUAGUGCUGCAAGGCUGAAGCUCUCUCCCUCUUUCUCUUUGCUAGGCCAAUUGACACUACAGGGGGGCAACACCACUAUAAUGCGGUCCUACACUGACAUCAUCCCUAAUAAUCCCUCUUCGCCGUGUAGAUGUGAAAAGAACAGUAGCUAUUGAUUCUACAUGCCUCAUUUUCCUGCACUAAUGCGUACUUAAUUGCUUUUAGAUUUACAAAGAAGACGAGUGGUUAAAGUGGCUUUGCCCUCAUCGUAUCAGGGUCGUUGGGAGCGUUCUGUUCUAAACAUAGCACAGUCAAUGAAUGCCUUAAAACCAAACUGAAUCCAUAUAUAACAAGAGUUAGUCUUUAUAGGCUCCUUUUUUCAUUAUUUUAACAUUCAGGGAAGGAGGUUGCAUCAGGAGGAGUGUGUGUUUGUGCAUCAGGAGGAGUGUGUGUUCAUGCGAUGAAUGUGGGCAAACAGGAAGAAUGGUGAAGCGUGGAUCGCAGAGCAUGAACAACCAUACGUUGCAACCAGUUAAAUAGGGCUUUUAUGGGUGAACCCGUGAUGCUGGAGGUGCUUGGAGGGACUACAGAUCUGACAAACAAGAGAGGAAAGGUUGGAAAAAAAAACCCAAUCCAUUUAUUGCUCGAGGGCUGGUGGGAGAGAUCCACUUUGAUGUGCCUGCCACAGCGAAAUCUCCAGAAGCAGGACAAGAAGAUGCCUGAAAAAAGUAAGCUGUGGCUCUUUGUGUUUAUCGGCAAAUCAUAACGCCUCGUUCUCACAGAAAACGCAGAUAUACCCAGUUAGGAAUUCAUCCUAAACCUUAAAACGGCACUCUGACCUCACACACAAGUUUGAAACCCGUGUGCUGUAUUCAUUACGGGCUCCCCCUCCAGGCACGCAGCGCUCACAUUUUGACAUCGUCCUCCUCAGCACUCGCUGCCUGUUAGUUUUGAUACUGUUGCUAGGGAACUGUCCCCAAGGAUGCAGUUCCACAGGUUUGCAAGUUGGAAAGGUGAUGUACCGUUCAUAAUACAAAUGCUAAUAGCCUUAAGGGAAGCAAGAGAGAGCGCCCCUUUUUCGUCUUCUCCACUUCCUCCUCCCCUGAAGCCUGUUGCUGUUUAGCUGCUGAAGACAGUCAUUAUCAUCUGUUGGAUCCAUCUCCACAUCUGCAUCACUUAAAGAUUUGCUCUGGUGAAGCGCUCACAAGUCAGAACAAAGAGCAGCAGCUCGGCUUGUGGGUGAAAAAGAAAAAAGAAAAGAAUAAGCCAUGAAUGUUUAUUCAUAGACAUUAAUUUAUUGGUAUUCACACAUCUCAUUACGCAUUGAUGAUCGCACUUUUAUCUCCAUACACAAAAUGAUGUAACAGUGACAGCGUGUGAAAAGAGGAGAGGAGUAACUCCCUAUAGGGCUGCCUGUCAUCAUAAGUCGUGUUUAUUUUAAGACACUAUAGAGGGCAGAUUGGAAUAAAUACAGUGGGUGGUUACACGAGUACGGAAGCCCUGAGAGGCAGGUGAUGAUUUUACUGUUUCCCCCAUCUGUGUAAACAGGUGUUUGUUGUAAUGCUGAUUUCGGCCACAAACGUGCACAACUAUCCCAUGUUCGAAAUACGAUUACAAGCAUUCAUGUUUCUUCAGGGUGAGUUUAAUUUCGCUACGCACUCUAAACACAAGUCAUUGUGUGUUAGCAAGUUAUAUAACAUUAUUGUCAUGUCUCUCUUUCGGCCAGAAAUGUAUUUUAAUCAGUGCUAAUCUGCCGUUAGCCUUCUGCUAGGCAGGUAUAUUUAUUCGGAGUGUGUGGUGAUUUAUAUUAAGCACGUUAUCUGUGAUUCGUGAAUGCAACAUAUAGGCCUACUGACGGUAGCGGUUAGCCCGCUAGCUAUCGAGUGAAAAUCAUCGAACCAACAGCUAACUAGGGCUGCAACUAACAAUUAUUUUCAUUGUCAACUAAUCUGUCGAUUAUUUCUUCGAUUAGUCGACUAAUCAUUUUAUCGAAAAAUGUGUUAAAAUGUUGAAAAAUGUCGGUCUGUCUCUCCCAAACCCUAAAAUUAUGUCAUCUAAUGUCUUGUUUCGUACUCACGUCAAAGGGUUUUAGUUCGCCAUCAUGGGAGAGUGUGUAAAGCUGCAAAUAUUUGAACGGAAGAAGCUGCAAUAAGAGUAUUUUGGGGCACUUAGUACUUUUCUAUGAAAAAUGACUCAAACCGAUUAGUCGACUACUAAAAUAGUCACCGAUUAUUUUAACAGUCGAUUAGUCGACUAAUCGUUGCAGCCCUACAGCUAAGUUUAUUGUAACGUUAGUCAUGGUAACGGUGACACCUCACUCCUUAUUGGUGGGAUGUUUUACCAAUAAUUUUUUUUUUAAAGAUUAGAAAAAAACACCUGUUUUCAGUGAUGCAAAAAAAAACUAAAAAAAAAAUGAUUGUGUAAAAAUAACCUGUUUUCACUAAUGAAAAAAAAAAAAUAAAUAUAUAUAUAUAUGUAUUUUUCACCUGUUUCAAAGGAUGAAAAAAAAACUUGGAAAAUGGAUUCUGGAAAUUAAAAUAUUUUCCACCUGUUUUAGAAAAUGAUGAGCAGAAAAAAAAAAGUCUUUCUUACCUCUCGGGGCUUCCGUAGUCAUGUAAUGGACCCACCUAGUGUAUUUAUUUCAGUCUGCCUCCUCCAUUUUGUCUUAAAUAAACGCGACCAAUGGUGACAGGCAGUUUGCCUCUCAGGGCUUCCUUACACGACACAGUAUAUGACCAUAUACAGUUUGUCCCCUCAUGUCGUUCUGCUGCUGUUUGACACCAGCGUCUAAAUUAACUCUGAUGGUCAUUCAGCUGCAGGAGAGCAUCUGAUCCAUGUACACAUCUCUGCACUGGUAGUGACUCCCUAUAUUCCCCACACACAUGCCGAAACAUACCCUGCUCCCUGUGGCGUGACUGAGGCUGUGUGAUUGAAGAAAGCGGCUCUCCACUAGAGACGAGCGUCACCCCAGAGAGGACACUGCUGCUAUCUCUCUCCAGACUUCUGUUACUGCAUGUAGCCAGCCAACACGCUAACGAUCAUCACGCCCCUGCCUCUGUGUCACAGACCUCCAUGUUUAUUAUCAUGCAUCUAAGCUUGUAUGUCACCUCUCACAUAACAGGGCAAUGAAUCACCUAACCUCAAACAAGGUGUUGAUUACACUAACACGUACAGUAUAUACACACACACUCAUACCUUACUGGUGAACUGAGUUUUCUUUUUUUUUUAAUCACCAUUAAUAUACCUCAUUAAUCACUCAGAUGUUUAUCGUUUAAUGGUUUUGAUUUGAUGUUAUUGUCCGGCACUCAAACACUUCUUGCUGUCUUUUCUCUGGAGUUUUUAAUCUGUAUAAAAAGUUUUCUGAAGAAAGGCUUUUUACUGUAAUAACAAGUGGGUUACUGGCUGCUUUCUACUCUUUGUGUACAGAAAUAAAAACUUUGUAUUUGGCAAACUCAUUGUCUGCCUGUGCUUUUGUAUGUGCCUGCAGUUAUCCCUUUGAGAACU